AUGGCAUCCAUGAGAGAGGGAACCUCCGGUUCCCAGCAGGCGGUUGAGGGUGUAACGGUGGCGGUUGCGCCGCCGCCGUCUUCCCCUCUUCCUGUUCCCCAGCCAGAACCCGUGGAAGAUCGGGAUGAGGAAAUGGUUGUGGCGGAGGAUAACAAUUCACCGCCACCCAUUGAGAAUAUGCCCGAUGCGAUGGAAGGGGUGGAAGUAGUUGCCCCGCCGCCUCUUGAGCCGGUGGCGGUUCAAGAAGGUGGUGAUGAUGUUGCGGUUGGGGAGAUUGCCCCAGCGGGUCAGGCAGUCGGGGAUUUUGCGUGUGAAGUCUGCGGCGCUAGGUAUCCGACGGAGAAGGCUAUGUUUGGGCACCUGAGGUCCCACAAGGACCGCGGGUGGCGUGGGGCAUUCAGACCUCCCACUUUCACCAUAGAGGAGUUUGCUGAGUACCAGGAGCACCUGGUGAAGCCGGAGGAGGAACAAUUGCGGGAGAUAGAGGCGGAAGAAAGGGUGGUGCUCGACGUAGAUCUAAAUGCGGAGGUGGCACCAGUGGAAGAAUUCAUCCUCCCUGAUCUCAACCUCUCACCCCCUGACGAAGAUUGA